AGGUAGCGUAGUGAUCCCUCACACUCUCGCUGCGUUCGCUGUUGAAAGUCGUCUUCUUGGAUUUCGUCGUCUCUCGUCUCCUUGGUUUCUCCCUUAUAUUAAAAUAACAACAUGUCAGGCAGAAAAUUUUUCGUAGGUGGUAACUGGAAGAUGAAUGGUAGCAAGAAAUCUAUCGAUGGUAUUGUUGCAUUCAUGAAAGCAGGAUCAUUGUCUGCAAACACAGAUGUGGUCGUGAGUCCACCAGCAAUAUACCUGUCAUAUGUAAGGCAGAACAUGCCCCAAAAUGUUGGCGUUGCAGCAGAAAAUUGCUACAAGAAAGCUAGUGGAGCGUUCACAGGCGAGAUUAGCUCAUCGGUGAGAAGGUGGAGCAUGCGCUUGCUGAGGGGCUGUCUGUUAUCGCCUGCAUCGGUGAGAAGCUGGAUGAACGCCAAGCUAACAAGACCGAAGAAGUUGUCUACCACCAGAUGAAAGUCAUCGCUGCUAAGGUGAAGGACUGGUCAAAAGUAGUGAUUGCCUACGAACCUGUAUGGGCCAUCGGCACUGGAGUCUCGGCCACCCCUGACCAGGCCCAGGAGGUACAUAACCAGCUGCGAAAGUGGCUUGCCAAGAAUGUCAGCAAUGAUGUCUCAGCGAAGACGAGAAUUAUUUAUGGAGGGUCGUACACGCUGGCACUUGCAAAGGAGUUGGCUUCCAAAGCCUGAUGUCGACGAUUCCUUGUUUGGCGC